AUGGGUCGUUACGCCAUUCUGGUCUCUGGGCCGGCAGGUUCCGGCAAGUCAACAUUCUGCUCUGCCCUCAUCGCGCACGCACAGUCUCUAGGUCGAAAUGUGCACCUCUUCAACUUGGAUCCCGCAGCGGAACGAUUCGAGUAUCAGCCAAGCAUCGACAUCAAGGAGCUUAUUUCUCUGGAAGACGUCAUGGAAGAGAUGAACCUCGGACCUAAUGGUGGCCUCAUCUACUGCUUCGAAUACCUUCUGGAUAACCUCGACUGGCUGGACGACGAGCUAGGCCAAUACAACGACGACUACAUCAUUAUUGACUGCCCAGGUCAAAUUGAGCUCUACACACACUUCCCAAUCAUGUCGCGGCUAGUCAACAUCCUCUCACAACAGUACCACUUCCGCAUCUGCGCCACCUACCUGCUUGAGUCGCAGUUCAUAGACGACAAGACCAAAUACUUUGCCGGAGUGCUAAGUGCGAUGAGUGCGAUGAUCAACCUCGAAGUACCGCACAUCAACCUGCUCAGCAAGAUGGAUCUGGUAGAAAAAGGGGAAAUUGGAUCAGAAGCAAAGAAGGGGCGUAGGAGAGAAAUGGAGCGAUAUUUUGACCCAGAUCCGCUGCUUCUCAUGGAUGAGGUCAACUCACGGACAAACCCGAAAUUCCACUCUUUGAAUCAAGCUUUGGUUCAGCUAAUUGACGACUUCAGCAUGGUCUCGUUCAUGCCUCUUGACAGCACUGAUGAAGAUUCUGUUGGCACCAUUCUCUCUCACAUUGACAAUGCUGUUCAAUACGGAGAAGACGAAGAACCCAAGGAGCCAAAAGACAUGGACGAAGGUGACUUUGCCGCAUAG